AUGGCGCCUGGCAUCCUGGAUCACCCUGGCAUGACGACUGUCGAAUCACGACCUUCGAAAAGAAUCAAGACUUCGGUGGCGACAGAAAUCGAGGUCGACGACGAAGAUGUGGCGGCGGCAAUCGCAGUUCCCUCGCAUCCCCUGGGUAUCAAGCCGGCCGGAAAUGCUUUGACAGCAUCCGAGAAUAUCAAGUCAAGAUGCGGAUUAUUCGCCUGCCUGCCUGAUGAACUGCUAAGCCAUAUUCUUGAGUCAUUCGAAGCUGACGUUUUGAUACGCUUGGGAAGUACGUGCCGGGCUCUGUAUGCGUUCACUAGAUUGGACGAAUUAUGGCGGGCCUUAUUCGUAAGCUCCCCAGCUGAAGACUUUGAAUGGCGGGGAUCGUGGCGAGCAACCUACCUCAAGACGCCCAGGGAAAUCGUCACCUCCAUAUCCUGCAAGAACCUCUUCUCGGAUACCCUUUAUCGACCAUUCCAAUGCGCCCAUACAUCACUGAAUACUUACGCGCUCAAUAUCCCAAAACACAAUGAGAUAGCUCGACUGUCGGAUCUGACUUACGAAGAGUACGCCGAAACUUGGGUCGAUAAGCCUUUCGUGCUUACCACACCAGUCAAACAAUGGCCUGUGUAUGGUACCUGGACACCUGAGUACCUUCUGGAGAAGUUUCCAGAUACCAAAUUCCGCGCGGAAGCAGUAGACUGGCCCAUGAAGAAGUAUAUGUCUUAUAUGCACGACAACGCCGACGAGUCACCCUUGUACCUCUUCGAUCGCGCAUUUGCCGAAAAGACGGGCAUAGACAUUACAGCGGCGCCACAUUCCAAAGAAGCCGCAUACUGGAGCCCGACCUGUUUCGGCGAUGAUCUCUUCAGCGUCCUAGGUGAGCACCGUCCCGACUGCCGAUGGAUGAUCAUGGGCCCUAAGCGCAGUGGCUCCACAUUCCACAAAGACCCAAAUGCGACUUCGGCUUGGAAUGCUGUCUUGACGGGCAGCAAGUACUGGCUCAUGUUCCCCGCCGGCCCAGGCAUCGAACCUCCACCGGGCGUUAUCGUCAGUGACGACCAGUCAGAAAUCACCUCUCCACUCAGUAUCGCAGAAUACAUGCUCACCUUCCACGAACUCGCACGCCAAACACCCGGCUGCAAAGAAGGUAUCUGCUUCGCUGGUGAAGUCCUCCACGUUCCGUCCGGCUGGUUCCACCUCGUCCUCAACCUCGAAGACAGCCUUGCGCUCACGCAGAACUUUGUGCCUCGGAAGAAAUUGCCGGACGUACUGGGUUUCCUGCGCGAUCAGAGGGGUGAAGUCAGUGGGUUCAAGGAGGAUGUUUGCGAUCGCGCUUACGAGCUUUUCGUAGAAAGACUGCAGGAACAACAUCCUGAGUUGCUGGAGGAGGGCCUUGCGGAACUGGAAAGGAAAGGGAAGAAGGCCAGGGGCAAAUGGGAGCAAUUGACGAAAGGAGAGGAAGAGGAAGAAAAUGGAGGCUUUAGCUUCGGUUUCGGAGGGGACGAUGACGAUGCCGAUAUUCCGUGA